ACGCCAUUUGCAUGGAGUCCUUGACUGUGAAUGAGAGUCAGUGGACGACACUGCUCCAAGGCAUGCUGUUUGUGCCUUCGGAUACACAGGCGGAUCCGACACCGGCGGAGGAAGAAAGGAGCAACCUGGCUAACCUGAUGUUGAAUAUGAUGCGAGCGAUCAUGUGGAACAAUACGAUGUUAAUGGUGCAAAUACACGAGGGCAGACAGCUGCGACAGAUCCAGCAGAAUGAUUCUGCAGCCUUAACAGCUGCUGUUCGCGCGGCCGCCACACAUCAGCAACAACAGCAACAACUGUUGAGCACCACCACCGCACGCGUCAACAGCAUCGAGGCUAAGGCCUCAGCAGCGCCAGGCUGCACGACGGACACGGCGAAACAGCUCAACGAGCGCAUCGACCAUGUCGUCAGUUUAAUUGGCGAACUCGGUGAUUUCACCGGUCCGGCUACGAUCAGCAGCACGGUGGCCGCCAUCAAGACGGACAUCACCAAGCUGCAGUCGCAACCGGCAGCAGCUGCGAAGGUAUACAAGAUGCCACGGUUCAACAUCGGCAAGUUUGAGGACUACAACAAGACCGACGCUUUGACAUGGUGGCAAGCCUUCCUCACGGAAGCAUCAUGCCACAAGGUCCCAGCCGAAGACAUGAUGAAGGCCAUAUACCUCCAACCCAUUGGAGGGGCACAAGCAUGGAUGAACCACCUCGCAGUCAACAAGAAGACCACGAUCGCCGAGCUACACAAACACCUCACGUGGGAGGAGUUUGAACAAUUGUGGUUCACUCGAUUCAUGGUCCGCAACGUGGGGAAGGCGGCCAUGAACGAGGUCUACACAUGCUCACAAGGAAGCAUGCCAACUCGAGACUGGACAAUUAAGUGGCAAAAGAUAGUGACCACGCCAGGCUUCGAUUUGAGCUUUACAAACCAACGAUCCGAGUUUUUCUCGCGAUCGUGCGCAGGACUGCGAACCACACUCGGCAACGAGUACGAUUACGCCUCAUUCCAGGCCAUCCUGGAUCGUGCGAACUUGGUCAUCCAAACGGAUGACAAGGCCGCAAACGAACGGCAGUCCCAGCCGCAUUAUGUGGCUAAGCAGGGCUAUCAACGACCGACACAUAACAAUGCCGUGAUUUCGGAAGAAACAGACGAUCUCCACGCUGCAGCAGCAUCCUCGAGUGAUGGAGGAAUUGUAGCAGCGCUCCCGCCGAAGCGUCCCAAGAGAGUUCGAAAGAACAAGGCGACACAGGAGACGGCAUCGACGGGAACUGGGCAGCAGCCAUGGACGACAUACACCAAGGAAAUCUAUGACCUUCGUCAACGGUACGGAUAUUGCCUUUGGUACAAUGGAGUCACUCAUUUGACCGCACAGUGCCCCGAAAAGGGCAAGGCACGCGUACCCCUUUGCCACCAUAACAAGGGUCAAUCUCGAGUCCCCUUCGGCGAACUGAAACCAUUGCCGAUUCCUCGGGCACCGCGCCUCUCCAUUGCUAUGGACGUGACAUGCCCGUUCCCCCGCGAUCGCCACGGCCAUGACGGUAUUCUAACGGUUGUUGACCGUUUGAGCAAGUAUGCUCGCUUCCUUCCUUGCAAGUAUCAUGCUGCAGCACCCGAGCUCGCACGACUCUUGCACACCGGUUGGAUUACCAACCAGGGUGUUCCGGAAGACAUAAUGAGCGACCGAGAUACUCGUUUCAUGUCGGCCUUUUGGACUUCCCUCAUGGCUGAGUCCGGUACGACAAUGAAGCCGAGCUCGGCUCGGCACCCGCAGACGAAUGGUCAGACGGAGCGAGCGCACCAAACCGCUGAGAUGAUGUUGCGUACGCUCAUCCGUCCCGACCAGAAAGAUUGGGUUGACCGGCUUCCCGACAUCGAGUUCGCCUAUAACACUUCGGUGCAUCCGGCGAUCUGCGUCACACCAUUCGAGCUACAUCAUGGUGGAGAGAAAGCACGGAUCUUCGCUGAUCUCCUUUUGCCACAGGCUGCCGACAUAGACGUCCCUUGCUCUCCCGCUUCCGUCCGGAAGUACCGGGACUUGCUGAUCAAAGCCCGCGCAAAUAUGCAAAAGGCUCAAAUCCGCAUGCAACAGCAAGCUAACCGACGUCGACUUCCAUGUCCUUUCCACGAGGGAGACCUUGUUUGGGUCCUCUCCGAGGAAUUUCCGCUCGAGCAGGACGUUUCGCACAAACUCCUUCCGAAAUGGUUCGGACCAUGGGAAGUCACUUCUGUCGUUGGAGACUACCCCGCAGGUCCUUCCUUCGUGAUCAACAUUCCUCCGCACGUGACAGUGCACCGGGUCUUCCACGCGUUGAAGCUGGCCAUCUACACUCCACCUUCAGCUGACGAGUUCCCCUGCCGUCGAUCAAAGGAUCCGCCGUCCAUGGACAGACAUCAGGAAGUGGACCGAGUCAUCACGCACCGCAAGUAUGGCCACAAGCCAAUGCAGUACAAAGUCACAUUCAAGCAAUGUGCGCCUGACGACACUCGGUGGAUCUCUACUGCAGACUUGCAGACUUUUGCACCCCUUAUCUUCGCCGACUAUGAGAAGCAACGCCUUGCCAAGGAAGCAGCUCGUCCCACCCGACCCAUCCCGGUAUCGGACAGACAACUUCGCCCUCGCAAGUAGCUCGGUCUUUUGAGAGGGGGAGUGUGUUACAUCUUCGACGCCACACGGGUCCUACAAGACCCGACUUAGGGCCAGAGGGACACAUUAGGGCCUAAAGGCCCG